UUCCGGGGCGGAUCGCGGCCUGCUCAUGAGCGCUGCGCUGCGGUCACUUUAACGAUGUAGCAUUUUGUUAAUUAAAAAGCUCAAUUUUCACCGCCUUCCAGAGUACAAGGGGGUGUUUCCCGGGUCAGAAACCGUGUGUGAGUGGGUUGUGAGGCCCUGCUGCUGCAGCCAGGCCAGAGAAACAGCAACCUGAGUUGCCAAGGUGUUGAUGUAGUCGUGUGGAAACAGGAGACACGGCUUUUAGAAGGCAGCGGGACUGUGGUGCAGCCUCAGAAUGUGGAGAAUCAUGAGGAAGUUCUCAGGGAAUGCACCGAAAUUGUCACUGAAGUGGUCACGUUUGUGCAGCCAGCAUGUGUGUUUCAGGAAGCCAAAAGUCACAGUCCUAAGUAUGAAGCAGCAAAACAGCAGUGUAAGAAACUACAGCUCUCCACCAGGAGAUGUUAAAUCUCUGCGUUCUGUUAUUAAUCCUCAUAUAUCCAGAAUCCGUAACAUUGGUAUCAUGGCCCACAUUGAUGCAGGGAAAACGACAACAACAGAAAGAAUGCUGUAUUACUCCGGAUACAUAAGGACACUCGGAGAUGUUGAUGAUGGAGACACUGUAACAGAUUUUAUGGUACAAGAACGAGAACGUGGUAUUACCAUUCAGUCUGCUGCUGUUACUUUUGACUGGAAGGACUACAGAAUCAAUCUGAUUGACACCCCAGGUCAUGUGGACUUCACAGUUGAAGUUGAACGUUGCUUGAGAGUCCUGGAUGGAGCAGUAGCAGUGUUUGAUGCUUCAGCUGGUGUUGAGGCCCAAACUCUGACAGUGUGGAGGCAAGCAGACAAACAUCAGAUACCACGAAUCUGCUUUUUGAACAAGAUGGACAAAAGCAGGGCAAGUUUUACAUAUGCUGUUGAGAGUAUCAAACAGAAGUUGAAGACAAAACCUCUGCUUUUACAGUUGCCCAUUGGGGAGGCCAAAACCUUCAGAGGGCUGGUCGAUGUUGUGACUAAGGAGCAGAUGAUUUGGAAACCUACUUCUGAUUUGGAUGAUGGAAAAGUUUUUGAGCAAAAGCCACUGCUAGAAUCAGAUGAUCCCAACCUGUUCCAAGAAGUCCAGGAUGCUAGAAAUACCUUAAUAGAACAAGUUGCAGAUCUAGAUGAUGAAUUUGCUGAACUGAUCCUAGGAGAAUACAGUGAAAAUUUUGACCUAAUACCACCUGACAAGCUCCAGUCUGCCAUACGCAGAGUCACGCUAUCUCAGAAAGCUGUACCAGUGCUCUGUGGCAGCGCAUUGAAGAACAAAGGAGUGCAGCCGUUACUGGAUGCUAUUACUAUGUAUUUGCCUGCACCUCAUGAGCGUUCCUAUGAGUUUCUGCAGUGGUACAAAGAUGAUGACCUGUGUGCCCUGGCAUUUAAGGUUCUCCAUGAUAAAUGUCGUGGACCAUUAGUUUUCAUUCGCAUUUAUUCAGGUUCACUGAAACCUCAGUCAGCUGUAUAUAAUAUUAACAAAAGUUGCACGGAGAGGAUGAGCCGUCUGCUCUUGCCUUUUGCUGACCAACAAAUUGAAAUACCAUCACUAAUGCCUGGAAACAUUGCCCUUGCUGUUGGUUUGAAACAGAGUGCCACUGGAGAUACCCUAGUGUCAUCAAAGGCUUCAGCUGUAGCUGCUGCACGGCAGGCUGGAAGGAGUGCUGGGGGAGAGCAGAGGAACACCGGUGACAUAGAGAGACUUUUGCUGGCAGGCGUUGAGAUUCCAGAGCCUGUCUUCUUCUGCACCAUUGAACCUCCUUCAAUGGCCAAACAACAAGACUUGGAUAAUGCAUUGAGCUGCCUUCAGCGUGAAGAUCCAAGUUUAAAAGUGAAAGCAGAUCCUGACACAGGGCAGACCAUUCUCUGUGGCAUGGGAGAACUGCACAUAGAGAUCAUUCAUGACCGAAUCAAACGUGAAUAUGGAAUAGAGACAUAUUUGGGACCACUUCAAAUAGCCUACAGAGAAACCAUCUUAAAUGCUGCACAAGCCACAGAUGUGUUGGAUAAAGUAGUCGGAGAUAAAAGACACUUUGUGACCACAGAGCUGGAGGUGAGGCCUGUGUCAGGAGAAGGAACAGUGACCAAACCUAUCAUUGAGUACGCUGAGAGUGUCAUUGAGGUGCUGCCCAAAGAACUCCAGGAAGCAGUAGAAAAUGGAAUCACGAAUUCAUGCCUUCAAGGGCCAUUGCUUGGCUUCCCUGUUCAGGAUAUAGACGUGACAGUGCAGUCACUGACAGUGCAUCCCGAUACCUCUGACACAAUGAUAUCAGCCUGCAUCUCCCGUUGCUUGCAAAAGGCUCUGAAAAAAGCUGGUGUGCAAAUACUGGAACCCCUGAUGAGCCUGGAAAUCACAGUAAGCGAAGAUCACCUCAGCGCAGCACUUGCUGAUCUUGCACAACGAAGAGGCAGUAUUCAGGAAAUCCAGAGUCGCCAAGAUAACAAAGUUGUGAUUGCAGCCGUCCCAUUAGCAGAAAUGAUGGGCUACUCAACAGUUCUGCGUUCUUUAACAUCAGGCUCAGCAACUUUCACUUUGGAGUUGGCCAGCUAUCAAGCCCUGAACAGUCAAGAGCAAAAUGCGCUUCUUCAGAGGAGGAUGGGGUUGGUGUGACUGCUUCGCUCUGCAGAAAAAUAGAUACAAGCUAUCUUCCAUACUGAAUACUUCCAGGGGAUUGCCUACAUAGACCAGAAUGUUCUUCUGCGAUGAACUGAUUGUGGUAAAUGAUGAAUCAGCUGCAGUAUGACUGACUUCUGCUUGUGACUUUCCAUGGGAACGUUAAGAACGUUAAGAACGUGUUCUUCUUGCAAAGCCUUGUAAUGGCAGGGCAGCUGGACAGGAGAUGAAGCUACCAUCUGCUGCUUUGGCAAUCCUUAUCUUACAGAUAACCACAAUGAGAAGUGAUGCAAAUCCUUCUUACAGGAAUGAGCACUACGUGCAUCUUAGUGUGUACAAGAGACUAUUUCUUACAUAGUAAGUAAAGUUUGUAAGUUAACGCCUAUAGAUGAGCAGCUACAGCGUUGUCAGGCUGUAUCUUGAUUCGUUUUCAGCUGCAUAUGAGACUGUUUAAGAAGCACUGUUAAUUAUAAAAAUAUGUUUCUGUAUGGCUAGAAAUCAACUUGAAAUGGAAUAUGGUAUCACUGGAUACAACUCACUUUAGUUUACUUUAAUAAGUACCUGGGAUAUGUCCUUCUGCAAAUUGAGUAAGCAAAAAAUACAAGAACCACAACAGCAGUCCACGCUGCUGCCUUGGUGUAUAUUGAAGGAUUUUACUGCCAUCUACAAAUGACUGAUGGAAGCUUUAAAUGGUCUGGAUUUGCUGGGCAUUAAUUUGUCAUUUGCAGUUAUGCAGUUAUUUAGGAAAGUACCAAAUGACAAGACAUCCUGAUAUACAGAGAGCAGACUUUCUACACAUGUAACUUUACAUAACUAAAACUGAAGGAAAAUAAAAACUUUGUAGGGAAGAAUCCCUCUUUCUAAUUAAAGUUUGAUAUGGAACCAACCUCGUCAUCCUAGAUUUAAAAAAUAAAGGUCUACUCCAACAAGCACGUGAAAGACCUUUAUUUUAAAAGUGAAAAUUGUCUUUGGUUCAGCAAUCAAACCACAUGUUCACAUCUUCACACCUCAGAGGCACUUCAGGUUGCUGAGUGGAGGUCUCUGAAGCAGUCACCGCCAUCUUGCUUCAUGGGGACAAUAGCCAACAAAGAGAGGCUCAGCUGCUAUGCCUCUGCUGUUAAAAUAAAGUUGAAUAUGUAUGAAUAAAUCAAAUAAUGGGCUAGUGGUUUAGGAAGGAACAGAGAUAAGGGCAGUCAAUUUUAAUCUGCUUUAUGUAAACAAAUUGGGCUGCCUGCUUAGAGAGUGAAAAAGGCCCUGUUCCGUAGAUUGCAAUUUGGUUACUGAGCCAAGUACAGUACCCUUGUCUCAGUUGAACCUACCAGAAUAACAGAAAAUGACUUGAGAGGCCUAAUUUCAGGGCUGGUGGUCUUGCUGUUCUGUAAAAUCUAUUGCUUUUAAGAUGAGUAAUUAAUACGAAAACACAAGACAGUUAACAUUGCAUUUUCCCCUAUAUUUCCUAAGCAUGCAAAGCUGAUCAUGUAAUUUUCAUUCAACUCAUCACUACAGGAUGCUGAGUUCAGACCUGAAUGGAAGCUACUUCUACAGUACAAUUUCAGUAUCAAUAACAUUUCCCUUAUAUUAGAAGAGCUAUUGUUCUUCCACUGACGGUGAUCUAGCUGUUAGAAAGGUUCUGCCUGCCCUUUCACUCUCUGCCUGGUAAUCUGAUGCACACAGCAAGCCAGAGCUGUUUUAUCUGGAGAGGCUCCUCAGCCUGCUGAAAAAUACUGGGGUACUGACUGGAAUUGCCUGUCCUCUAAAAACCUGAUCUGCAUCUAUCUCUAAAUCCUUCUUCUCAUGCUUGGAAUUUUCUAUGGUUUGUCACAGAUGACUAUAAAACUAAAUGGCAUGCUUGUUCUUGCUGUAGACCAAUUGCAGCAACAUCUGAGCAACCA